CACUAAUCUCGCCAAUAUGGAAGUGAAACGUAUGACAACUUGAACGGGACUAAAACAAUUAGGAAAUAAAUAAGUUUAAUUUAUUUUAAUACUUAAUUUGCAAGUUAUAAUGUCACAGCCGGGCCGCGGGCGCGGGUACCCGGGACGGCACCACGCGCGCGAGCCCCGCCCCGGGGACGCGCCGGAGGCCGAGGGCGCCAGGACUGUGCCGGAUGUCCCCAGGGCUCCGGCGGAGACAGUGUUGCCUAUAGCGGAGGAUGGGACAGACGACGAGGUGCUCGCGUCACUGCUCGCCGUAGACGAACAAUAUGCGCCUCUGUUGGCUCUGCUAGAACAGUUCUCACCAGGUGAAGACGGUAUACAAUUCAACAGGAAACUUCGCAAUUUCGAAGCCACCGUUACUAAGAUGUGCCCAGACGAGACCACAUUGAAACAAGCCUUUGCAUCGUUCAACGCAGCUGCCCUCCGCAACUCGGCCACCGCAAGAAAGUUGGCAUCAGUCGGGGCUUCGUUCACGAGACAACAGAGACGGCAGCUAUUGAGGGGCGCCUUGUUGAAUGUUGUCCUGCAGGGGACAUUUUCCAGAUUGGACGUGCUGGAGCGGGCCAACCCACAGUAUUUAAUUAACGCGGCCAACCUAAUGGGAGAUUAUUUUGCAGAGGCUAGACUCUGCAAUGGUAACAAAGUGCACAUACUCGCGGGGCCCCUGAUGCAGUACCUAAGGGCUCUCCUGGCCUCGGACCACGUCAGGGCCCACCGCAGUUUGGCCACACAGCUAAUGCAGAACGGACGCGAGCUGCUGGCGCAGCGCAGCCCCGCGGAGCUGGACGAGCUGUCAGUCUCGGUCCGACUGCGGCUGCUGGCGCCGCCCGCGCACGUCAUCUGGCUGCUGCUGGCGGCCGACCUCUGUCUGAACAAGUUCCUGCCGCUGCCGAACACACUGCAGCAGUUCUACGCUUCCCACCUCGAGCUGUCUACGGAUGAAAACUACAGUGAAGUCAGCUACGGCUCGUGGAAGAAGGAUGACAAAGAUUUGGAGUCGAGCGCGGAGAAGGUGAACCAGAACAUGUCACAGAUCAGCCUGAGCGAGGAAACUGAUGUGAAGCCCAAGCUAAGGCCUAUCUUAGGAGCCGGUGCGGGUCUACUAAGACAAGAGCAAGCGCUGUCUGUCAGUCAAGACAAUUUUGAAACGUGGACACCAAAGAGUUUAUCCAAACGGUACGAUCUAAACUCUUGGAGGCAGGGCGAAGAAGAAGGAAAGGAUGAUGGACAAACAAAUGUACAAAAUAUACAGAAUGUACAAGCGACUGUACAGACUGUACAGUCAAAUGUUCAAAAUAUGAAUUACCCGGUGACUGUACCGGAUUAUCCAACGCCGAAUAGGUUUUAUUCGGAGAAUGUUAAUUAUUUGCAACAAGGAGACGGAACGUAUAUACAGAAUCAGUUCCCGCCGGCGCAGACGCAGAAUUUUGCUCAAGGCGACUUCAUACAAUUCCAAGACCGCCCCCAGCAAGCGGUGGAGCAUGUCAACAACGAAGUGCAAAAAUCACACAAACCCUUGGAAAACUGGCGGGUGUCGAGUCGGGAAUCGAACCCGGACCCGAACAGGAACAAGCGCUGGAGCCGACAGCGUUCUGGGGACGAUGAAGACACUGAAGCGUUCACUGAACGGGCUAAAGAUAGACCCCUGGACUCUGACAUCUUGUAGCUGAGGAAGAAACCAAAUAAAAGAAUGGGGUCUUCUCCAAUAUAAGGAGUGCGGUCGCGGGCGGUCGGCGGCACGCGGCCGACGUGCCGCGCUCACACAAGUACUGGGACCACGACGACCGCACCGACCGCGACUACAACAGUUAGUGAUGACGACACGGAAAUUAAUUUGUGACAUACGUGACAGGAAAUAUUUGAAAGUUUGCAAGUUUAUUUGUCGACCGGAAAAUGUGUCUUUUCGUAAGUGGUUUGGAGAAGUGUUAAAAGUAUGACAAUACGCCACACCGAAUGGACAUUGAAAGAGUGCAGUAUGCACGAAAACUGUCCGUUGUAAUAAUGAUAUGUGUGACCAAAAUCUGUUAGUGUUUUAAAAAAUACAAGAAACAAUAAAGUUGACAUGUGUCCGAAAACUGUUGAAAAAUGUGUAUCCCAAUUAGUUUGGUGACAUGUAUGAUGAAUGAUGGAUAUUUCUGAUAAAAUGUUUAAAAAAAACAGUCAAUUCAAACGAAAUUUUGGCGAAUAUUUGUCAUAAUAACCGAAUAGACAACAAUUAUUACACAAAAAUUGAAUUCUGAAAAACUGUCCGUUAAAACUAUGCAUGUCGAAAAAUUUUUAAAGUGACAUACAUAUGUAUAUGAAGAAAAUAUUUAACGACGUGUCUUUCAUACAAAAAUUUCCUCACGAUUACAACAGUUAGUGAUAUACAAAGUAGUGAUGAUAAAAAUGGUUUUAAUACACGAUAGAUACAGUCUUUCAUACAAAGUUUGCCGGAAACGUGGAAGAACCCAAAAACUGUGCGUAAAACAUAAAAUAAUGCGUACCUGUAAACUAUCGUUCAUACAAAGUUUGGCGUGUGUACAAAAAGAGUAAGAAUUCAACAAUCACAAAAGUUGCAAUGUUUAGCGAAAAUGUAUUGUCACUUGUAAAGGCCACGCCGAUCGCGACUACAACAGAUGAAAUUUACCCAAUAUAAUGUUUAUAGAAACGAGCUUUCAUACAAAAUUUGGCAAAAGAGCAUGAAAAAGUCAGAUAUGUAUAAUGUAAUUGUUGAAAAAAUUGCCCAAAACAAUGUUUGGCGAAAAAAUUUAAAAUUACAACACAGUGACAGAUAUAUAAUGGAAAUAUUAAAAAAUAUAAGCGCCCAAGAAAUUAAAGAAACUCGCAUUUGUGAAGUACAAGAGUUUGUGAAGAUAUAUUAUAAAAAAAUACAUGUUUCGCUUGAAAAUACAAAUAA